GUGAUGGUGACGACGAUGCUGGCGCUGGGCGCGGCACCGUGCGUGUUGCAGCGCGCGUGUCCAGCGCGAUCUCCGCGUCCACCGUCCAGCGUCUGCAUGCACAGACUACAUACAGAGACCGAAGAAAAACCAAAAUGUUCGAAAAUGUGCUAGUACUCUCCCUCGAAGUUUCUCCACAUAUUUAUUUGACUGGCGUAUAAUACUUUAUUUACAUACGAGAGUCACAAACAAAUACAUAAAGAGGAAAUAUUCAGUGGAUAGUAAAAAUUAUAAACUCGAUUGCUUAUCACAUUGAUUACGAUAGUAACGCAUCGUCGCAUAGUGAGGAUGGAGGAGCGCUUAAAGCCAGAAGUGCGUGGAUGCACGCGCGAGUACGACUGUAAGCGUUGCUCGGGCUGCCGCUGGUUCCUGUGCUGCGUCUCGUGUCGUUGUUCCUGCUACAGGGAGGAAUCAUGAUUGUCAUUUUUUUAUUUGCUAUGUUUUCUGGAAUCGAUCAGAUAUCAGCUAAUUGCAAAAACUGUAUGUUGCUUGGUAAAGAUGAACGAGCAAUGUUCCGCGCGCACUCCGACGCCUGCCGCACACAGUCCCAGGUGGAACACCAGCUAAUCGACAAUAUGCUUAAUGGCAAGCUGGUGGACGACCCGCGCUUGAAAAACCACGUCUAUUGCGUACUUCUUAAAUGCAAAAUAAUCAGCAAGGACGGCAAGCUGCAGAAGGCUGCGGUUCUGGGGAAGAUGGGUACUCGCCUCGAUGGGAAGAACGUCACUAAGGUCCUAGAAAAUUGUGCUAAUCAACCUGGUGAGAGACCAGAGGACCUAGCAUGGAACCUCUUCCGUUGUGGUUACGACAAGAAGGCCGUACUCUUCGACUUCAUGCCCGCAGGGUCGAAUGGAACGGACGAGAACGACGCCUUGUAACCAACUCUUCUUCGACAGAUGGCGUUAUAUUGAAAUUAUUGUGAUUGUAUUUAACGAAACUUGUGUUAUAUUUUAUUCAUUGUUCUGCUAUAAUACUCUACAUAUUUCAAACAAUUUAAUUUUUUUUAUACAAUUUGUGAACAAUACGAUUUUAUAAUAAAUUGAAACUGUAUUUCCCACCA